AGGUUUGUAGAAUUAUCGGGAAUAGUACCGUACCGAACUCAUUGGCGUUUUGCAGUUUUCCAACACUCCGGAAUCAAUAGACCACCGCCUGGUACUGGCAUUAAAGUCUAUUUUAAGGACUCAAAGGGGAAUUUACUGAAAACGGUGGAGGCCAACGAAGGUGAUGAUAUCCUAGCCAUGGCCCAUGAGUACGAUAUAGAUCUUGAAGGAGCUUGCGAAGGCUCGGUAGCUUGCUCCACCUGCCAUGUCAUCCUACCACCGGAGUACUAUGAUCUCCUACCCGAACCGGAAGACGACGAGAACGACAUGCUCGACAUGGCGUUCGGCCUCACGGAUACCAGCCGAUUAGGAUGUCAGGUUAAGCUUACACGAGAGCUUGACGGACUUACUGCGACGUUACCCUCUGCCACGCGGAAUAUGUUUGUCGACGGU